CCAAUGUCUCCUUCCGUAUUUGUUUCGCGUAGAGCAUUGACACUCUCUGCAGGGCUGACCUUGGUAGUAAUUUGUAUCCUGCUUCUCGCCGACUACAAUGCUGCUCAUCUCCAGCCUGCACAGGCUACAAUCACAAAUCGACUGGCAUCGAUCGCCAGUGCAGCACAAGGAAAACAAGAUGAUUCGCUGGACGAUAUUUCGAACGCCACGCUUGGCUUCCACAAAGUCUUCAUGAUCAAUCUCCCAACAAGAACGGAUCGAAGGGACGCUGGUACUCUCGCCGCUGCUCUCACCGGACUGGAUGUGGAAUUUGUUGAAGCUGUCACUCAUGUCAAUGAGAAGGCUUGGCCGCCUGGUGGUAAAGAAACGAAGCUCAAUCAAGGCGGUGCAGGAGCGUGGAGAUCUCAUUUGAAUGUGAUCAGAACCAUCGUGGAGCAGAAUAUCUCCUCCGCGCUCAUACUCGAAGACGAUGCAGAUUGGGACAUCCGGAUCAAACGGCAGAUGCGAGAUUUCGCAAAAGCUUCAAGAUUAUUAAUCCAGCCACUGUCCGGUACAGACAACGAACAUCUUGAUCCUACUUGGCCUCAGCCAGAUUCAUGGAUUUCUGAGCCUCCGAGUUUUGAGGUCGAUGACGAGACAUCAACUAUUGUGCGAACGACAUCACCAUACGGCGAUCUCAGUCGAUGGGGAAUGCUGUGGUUGGGACACUGCGGUUGCCGAUUUCCAUGGGCUGAGGACAAGAAUGUUCCGAUCGGACGAGCUAUCAUUUCCGAUGAUGAAACUGUCCCUGCGAGAAAGCACAUCAACAUCGAGUUUGGAGAUACCCAGCUCGUGGAUCAGUAUCCGGACCAUACACGCGUCGUUGCAAGAUCACGCGUGAAUACUUGCACGCUGGCCUAUGCGGUCUCUCAAGAUGGAGCACGCAAGAUGCUGUAUGAGUUCGGUGUUCACAAGAUCACGGACCCACUUGAUAUGAUGUACAGGGCUCUCUGUGACGGCGUGAGUGGAAGGGAUCUCAUGACUUGCCUUUCGCCGCAGCCUGCUCUGUUCAAUCACCAUCGUCCUGCGGGACCGAAGUCAACUUGGUCUGACAUUUCGGGUUCGCACGGGAACGAUUCGGUCGAGACACCGUACUCGACCAACAUUCGGUGGGCAACGCGAGUAAACUUUCCGAAGCUUGUCGUUGGCGACACGGACUAUUUUGAUAGCUAUCUAGAUGGGUGAUCGACAUCACGCGGCUAGAUGCUUUUCCCAGAAAGUGGAGCGCUUGAGUUGCCUCUUUCUGUUUCAAGACAUUUUCCCACUGGUGCCUUGGACACGCAUCAGCAUGAUACGAGCUGCUACUGCGGAAACAUCUGACCGAAGUCGUCAUGAAUCGAGAACUUCUGGCUCCAUUGAGCAGAGUUCCAGUCUAUGGGGUCCUCAAAUCAGACAGCAACCUGAGAGCAGCCACAAAUGCUACGUAUCAGCCGACUAUAGCUACCCCGAGCGCUGACACGUAUAGGGACCCCUGGAAGCAUCAAACUUGA